AUGGAGGAGCUGAGGAGUCUCCACCGCUCCGCUCAGGAGGGCCGCUUGGAGGAGGCGCUGCUUGAGCGCGCGUUAAACUUUGCGCAUCAUCGUCCCUUUCGCGCCCUCCACAGUCUUCGCUGGCGGCUCUUGCUGGGACUUCUCCCGUUAGACGUGGAGGCUGGCAGCUACCGCCAGGUGUGGGCGGAGUGCACCCGUGCGGGGGGGCGCGAAUGGAAGGAGCUGAACGACCACCUGCGACAGCGUCUCCUCGUCACCGCCUCUGCGGUGCGCCCUGUAGGAAAGAGGGGGAACUUUGCUGGAAGCGACUCCUCCAUCUCCGGCGAGGAUGAGGAGGACAUGACUGUGGAGAAUCCGCUUCUUCCGUCUGAGGGGAGUUCCUACGCCCUGCAGUACACCGUGGACACGAUACGCGCCACCGCCCAGAAGGAUUUGGAUCGACUUCACUGGGAGCUUCCGCUGUUUGAGCAAUCCACCACGAAGAGUGCCUUGCUGGACAUUUUUGUCCACUACUGUCUCCGCCAUGACUGUCAGUACAGACAGGGCAUGCACGAGGUUGCGGCAUUUAUUCUCUACCUGACCCACACCGACGCCGCUCUUCUCGAAGAGCUUUUCGCGACCUCUGAGGAAGUUGACAUGGCACUGGUGGCUGACUUUAGAUGCGUCUGCCCCACCGACGGCGUGACGGCGAUCUCUUUUUUGCUCUUUGAGGCCAUUAUGGAUGCCUCCGGGUUGCAUCUCUCCGAGUGGUACCACACGGACGAGGAGAAUGCGCCCGGCGGCAUUGUCAGUGCGUCACACAAGACGCAGAAGGAAUUACUGGCGGAGCUUGACCCUGAGUUGCACCAGCAAAUGAAUGUGGCGUACGCGAUUGAGGGCACGUCGUAUCUAAUACGCUGGUUGCGUCUUCUUUUUAUUCGGGAGUUUUCUAUCCCCCAAUGCGCCGACCUGUGGGACGUCUUCCUCUCAGAACGCUUUCUUGCGAGGCAGAGUGAGUAUCGCCUCAACAACAGUAUCGUUACGAUGCUUGCCGCGUCCAUGCUGUUGUACGUGAAGCAGGAUCUUAUGGUGGGCUGCAUUGCGGCGCUUAAGCGUCUGAUGAAGUACCCACCGCUGGAGGACGUGGGCGUCUUGGUGGAAAUGACAAUCCCGCGCGUGGAUCCGCAAAGGCACGGCAUCGGUCGUUACUUUACUCCGCUGUAG